AGAGAGACUAUGACGGGCGCGAUACGUCGAGGCUGAGCGGCUCGCGCUGUACGCCAGGCUGGACAAGAGGAUAGCUGAUGUGGAAGAGGAAAAGAAGACUUUGGAGGAACGGGUCAGGAAUAUCGAGUCGUGGCGGGCGGAGCAAAUGGCCGCCGUGGAAGAAGAAAACAAGAUGGCGGACGCUGACUUAGCGGAGUGCAAGGCCGGUGGACAGGAAUGUCUCAAAUGCAUGGACAAGUAUAGCAACGAGCUCGUUGAAGAAACGAUCGCGAUGAACGCUGAUAUUCGAGCGUUCUCCGGCAACAUCGUGCAGGUGACGGAACAUUACAACAAGGAACUGCUGGACCUGCUCACGCAAGCCACGGUACAGAUCGAGCAAGAGGCGAAUACUGCGAUCGCGUUGGGAGAGCAAAACACGCAACAACUGUGCGUGCGCACCAACGACACAUUUGACAGUGUAUUGACUGGCAAUAAGCAGCUGCUGGAUGCCGUCAUACAGAAGAUUGAGGCCACAGCCGCUGCGACCGUGUCCUCAUUAGCCACUGUGUCAUCAUCCACAUCCGGACUCAUACAACACUCACACGCCGCUCUCGAAGCUCACAGCAUCUCCGUAGAAGACAUGUUACAACGUACCAACGUGUUCCAUGAUAACUUGAGACAAGCACUCGCUCAGCAAGAACAACUAGAGGCAAGGGCGUUUGGAGAGGAGUUCAAGUUAUAUUCACCCACUGGUAAAACGCCGGUGCGUGCGGAGUACCGCUUCCCGCGCGCGCUGGCGGCCACGUCGCCGCACGACCGCAUUCUAGCGCGCUUCCGGACCAUGAGGCAAAAUGGACACGACGAGGAUUGCAUAGUGGUGGAGUCGGCAGUGUCGACUCGUCCUCCGUCGGACAGCGAGUCCUCCGUGUCGGAAGACUCCGCGCUCAGCGAGUUCGCGAUGCCCUCCCCGCCCGCCGAGAUGCAUGCGCCCAACAUCAUCAAGUGUACAUCCGAAACUGAUCUUUAUUAUAGAAAGCAACCCGGCAAAGAGAACAGCGCGAUCCCGCAGUACAAGCCCGUCUCGCACAAGAAGACCUCCCGUCUGCCCGCGCCCACCAGCCACAAGAAACCGCUCAUCGAGAGGAACGACUAAUACCAACUCGCACUAACUUUUAUUACCAAUAAUAUCACACUUAAGAAAACUACGCAAGGUACAGUCGCCAUCAGAUAUAUCGGAGCGGCCGAGGUGCUCACAAAUAUCUGAACACGCCUCUAUGAGAACUAUCGUUUUUUUGCUCACCAGUUGGCGCCUCUGUUGAUGGUGGUCCAAAAGACUAAUGAACAGCUGUCAGUCAUUGAAGUGGCAAGUGACAUUUGACAUUUCGAACUAUGGAAAAGACCACCAUCUACACUAGCGCCCCUAGCGGCGAAUUCAUACGCGUUAGCCCUCAUUGUCAUUGCGCUAGGUGCGUGUUCAGAUAUUUUUGAGCACCUCGGCCGCUCCGAUAUAUCUGAUGGCGACUGUACAAUGCAUACACAUUUGGUUAAUUCUACCAAAGAGUUAUGGAUUGUAAUAGACAGGAAAAAAGGUGCCAUCUAGUUUGACAGCUGCAUCGCUCUUUUGCGCCACGUGUUUUGUGGUCACUGUCUAACUUAUGACGAUCAAAGUCGGCAUGUUUGGACCCGCACAGUGCCGUCUUGUUUAGCUGUCAAAUUCGAAGAACAAAAUUGUCUUAAGGGGCCCACUGACUAUGUCCGCCGGACGAUAUCGGCCUAUCAGUUGUUCGGAACUGUCAAAUUUUUGUUCUAACUGACAGGCCGAUAUCGUCCGGCGUAUGGAUGGUAUAGAAAGGAUCGCAAUCUCUUAUGGCAGAAUUGUUGUAAAAGUGACCGCGUUAAGCUUUAAAUAAUAGUUCCCAAUCUCUCCGGUGGCGCUAGUUAGGCUCUGGGACAUGAGUAUAACAUGAACCAUAUAAGGCAACAAAUAACCCGACCAAAUUACGUAGGUUGUUUUUGGUAGUAUUUCGGUGUAUGGUGGCGCCGCCUAAUUACUGUUUUUUGAUGGACACUUUUCAUACAUAGAGAUUUGGCUCCUUUAUAUAGUCUCCAUGGACUAAAGAACAGCUGUCAGUCAUUGAAGUGACAAGUGACAUUUGACAUUUCGAACUAUGGAAAAGACCACCAUCUACACUAGCGCCCCUAGCGGCGAAUUCAUACGCGUUAGCCCUCAUUGUCAUUGCGCUAGGUGCGUGUUCAGAUAUUUUUGAGCACCUCGGCCGCUCCGAUAUAUCUGAUGGCGACUGUACAAUGCAUACACAUUUGGUUAAUUCUACCAAAGAGUUAUGGAUUGUAAUAGACAGGAAAAAAGGUGCCAUCUAGUUUGACAGCUGCAUCGCUCUUUUGCGCCACGUGUUUUGUGGUCACUGUCUAACUUAUGACGAUCAAAGUCGGCAUGUUUGGACCCGCACAGUGCCGUCUUGUUUAGCUGUCAAAUUCGAAGAACAAAAUUGUCUUAAGGGGCCCACUGACUAUGUCCGCCGGACGAUAUCGGCCUAUCAGUUGUUCGGAACUGUCAAAUUUUUGUUCUAACUGACAGGCCGAUAUCGUCCGGCGUAUGGAUGGUAUAGAAAGGAUCGCAAUCUCUUAUGGCAGAAUUGUUGUAAAAGUGACCGCGUUAAGCUUUAAAUAAUAGUUCCCAAUCUCUCCGGUGGCGCUAGUUAGGCUCUGGGACAUGAGUAUAACAUGAACCAUAUAAGGCAACAAAUAACCCGACCAAAUUACGUAGGUUGUUUUUGGUAGUAUUUCGGUGUAUGGUGGCGCCGCCUAAUUACUGUUUUUUGAUGGACACUUUUCAUACAUAGAGAUUUGGCUCCUUUAUAUAGUCUCCAUGGACUAAAGAACAGCUGUCAGUUAUUGAAGUGACAAGUGACAUUUGACAUUUCGAACUAUGGAAAAGACCACCAUCUACACUAGCGCCCCUAGCGGCGAAUUCAUACGCGUUAGCCCUCAUUGUCAUUGCGCUAGGUGCGUGUUCAGAUAUUUUUGAGCACCUCGGCCGCUCCGAUAUAUCUGAUGGCGACUGUACAAUGCAUACACAUUUGGUUAAUUCUACCAAAGAGUUAUGGAUUGUAAUAGACAGGAAAAAAGGUGCCAUCUAGUUUGACAGCUGCAUCGCUCUUUUGCGCCACGUGUUUUGUGGUCACUGUCUGACGUCAACUUAUGACGAUCAAAGUUGGCAUGUUUGGACCCGCACAGUGCCAUCUUGUUUAGCUGUCAAAUUCGAAGAACAAAAUUGUCUUAAGGGGCCCACUGACUAUCAGUCCGCCGGACGAUAUCGGCCUAUCAGUUGUUCGGAACUGUCAAAUUUUUGUUCUAACUGACAGGCCGAUAUCGUCCGGCGUAUGGAUGGUAUAGAAAGGAUCGCAAUCUCUUAUGGCAGAAUUGUUGUAAAAGUGACCGCGUUAAGCUUUAAAUAAUAGUUCCCAAUCUCUCCGGUGGCGCUAGUUAGGCUCUGGGACAUGAGUAUAACAUGAACCAUAUAAGGCAACAAAUAACCCGACCAAAUUACGUAGGUUGUUUUUGGUAGUAUUUCGGUGUAUGGUGGCGCCGCCUAAUUACUGUUUUUUGAUGGACACUUUUCAUACAUAGAGAUUUGGCUCCUUUAUACAGUCUCCAUUGUCCGGCGGACUGAUAGUCAGUGGGCCCGUUUAGACUGACAAUCAAUAUAUCUUUGAUUUUACUUACUUUUAUUUGUAGUCAAAUACCAUUUAUCGUUUAAAAGUAUUGACUUCGAAAGUUUUACGAGAGACGUGGUCAAGUUAUAAACUUAUAAAUCCUACAAGAAAACAUUAUUAUUCGACAAUUAACAGUUUUCUAGGAACGCUUUUUAAAUAGAGAAAUAGUAGAUUGUGUCACAAGGGAGCAAAAUUACAUAUUUACGGCGAGGGCGUACAAUUGAAUCCUAAACGAAGCGAAGGAUUCUAUAAUAGAAUCCCGAGAGUAGCGAGGGAUUCUAAAGUAGAAUCCUGAGCGUAGUGAGGGAUUCAAGUGUGUUACGCCCAAGUUGGAAAUAAUUUUGCUACCAUGUGAUACAUAUUACUUUUCACAUCACCUAUGAGGUAAUUAUAAUGUUUAAAACUACUAUUUAAACUAAAAAAAUAACGUGAAAAAAAUGUUAAAAUAGUGUUUUAGAACAGAAAAGUGUUACUUUGAUCCCUCCUAGCAGGGAAGAAAAGUGCGACUUUGAUCCCUCCUAGCAGGGAAGAAAAGUGCCACUUUGAUCCCUCCUAGCUGGGAAGAAAAAGCCCUUUUUCGAAUAGGUGAUGUGAAAAAGACUAUUGAUUCUCUCCUCUCUGGUUUUACUGAUAAAUAACAACAAUUGACUUAUCAAAUGGAAAGGUUUGGUAAGUUAUAUUUUAAAACAAUUAUUUUUAUUAGGUAGGUAAUUAUUGAAAAUACGCGUUUUAGAUUGUAAUUAUGUUUCUGUAAGGAUAUUUACGCGUGAGACAACAUUGAGUCGUCAAACUUUCACAACUUUUUUUUAUAUAUUUAAAUAAGGCAUAUAUUGAACUUUUUAUUCGUAUCUUAAGCGGCGCAGUUAUGGGCGUUAAUUUAAUUUUUAAAAACAAUUAUUUUGUAUUAUGUAACAACGAAGUUUAAUGCAUAGCAAACGUUCGAUUAUUAUGCAUUUAUUUUGACACAUUGAAAUUAUUGGCAUGUUUCAAAUAUUAAUUUUAGAUAAAUAAUAAGUUUAAUUUUCGGCAUUGAAAAUCUAUGUUUCUUGUCUCCCCUUAUGCAGGCAUUUAUAAAAAAAACUUAUAUUGAAAUACAGUGUGAUGAAAAUUAGUGAGCAAAUACGUACAAAAUAUCCCAUAAGUACUAUGAAUUUCGUAACUAUGAGCCAUAAAUUAUCUUAACUUUGUGAAAGACAGACCAACCAUUUCAUAUUUACUGGCUAUGUGCAGCGCGUGGUGGGGGAACUAAAACCGACAACUGCUCAUCGUGGUAAAAUGCAGUUUUACAGGCUUUGUGCUUUUGACAUACACUGUAAAGUAACUAAUGUUACCCGUAGCCGCCAGGUGGCGCCGCAAGUAUUGCAUAUAGCCAAUAAUAGUUAGAUACAGUGACACUAAAUAUUGAUAAGUUUAUUUUAUUCCUGGGUAAGUUACGAAUAUUUAUGUAAGGGUUGUAUGUUCAUGUCCAAUUUCUUGGUCCAAUGUCCACUCUCUCAUUAAGAAUCCCCGGCAAGCUCGGCCAAAUUGUACCUUCCCAUACAAACGUAGUUCCGCUCUCAUUUUAAAACUACGUGUUGGAUUGUAAUGAAACUGCACAUACAAUGACAUGAGGUAUAUCUAGUACAGUAAUUAGUUUAUAUAGCUCCAGUUUAAAACAAACGAAAUAGAGCAAAGACAAGUUUUGUAUGAAAAACUUCGCUGUAUUUUUUUUAUAAUGUUAUCUGAAGCUAAACGUAAACUCUAUGAACUGUUAUGUAAGUGUUGUUUUUAUAAUAUUGAUGACUUUCUUAAUCAUAAAUUUUAAUCUUAUGUUAAUUUCUAAUGUUAAUUCUUAAGCUUAUGUAUGUAUGACAUCCUUUCUAAUUUUGUAAUUACUUUGACUUUUAUAUUCGAAAUGGCGUAACUUUAUAACUGGACAUUGUAUAAACUGUAUAAAUUGAACUAUGUUGUAAGAUAAUUAUAAUAAUUAAGUAGUAUUAUUAAUUUUCUGUGAUUUGGCGAAAUUCUACUACUGUUAGUAGCGAAUCAAGCCAAUAUACAGUGCAUGUACACCUGUAUAGGUAGAAUCUUGGUGAAGCAAACUCAAAAUAUUGUACCCAACACCUACAUAUGUAACCCAAUAUUCAUAUGCAAAUAAAUCAUUCAUUCAUUCAUUCAUUCAUUCAUUCAUUCAUACAUAUACUAAUUAUAGACAUAGAUAUACCUUAUCCUAUUGUAAGUACAAAGUUUCAGAGCAAUCUAGCUAGUCGUUUUAAAAUGGGAGCGGAACUACGUUUGUAUGAAGAACCGAGCUCCUACCACGAGUGUCUACCAGGCCGGUUCUCGGUAGUCAGUGUUAAGCAAAAUGUGAGACGCAAAUACACAUUGGACCAAGAUAUUGGACAGGUGUGAUACCACCCUAAGAUAAACAUGUAUGUAUCUUUACGCUAUGUAUGUUUGUUUGACAUAAUAGUAGAUUGUUAACCAAGGGACGAAAGGCACUCAUUUCUGCCGAGGUAUUUUGGCGCUCGAAUGCAGUGAGAGCGCCAAUAGUCCGAGGCAGAAAUGAUGCCUUUCACCCGAGUUAAACACUCUACUUUUCAUUUCGAAUACGAGGAAAGUAAAAUGCAUGUAUUUUUUUUAAAACAUGACUAAGUAUACAUUUUUAUAGUAUUUCUUGAGGGUACUUUCAAUUAACAAUUCAGACAAAAGUAUCGUUAUUUAUGGAAUGGAGAGUCAAAUAUCAAAAUGAAAAAUUUAUUACAAAUCCAUUUAAACUCAAAUUUCAAUUGCGUAUCGUAAAAAAAUUAAAAAAGUCGUACUUCGAACGUAAAAUGCUCUAGUGCAGACACGUAUCAUUUUCUGCGCACCUUUUAGAACAACAAUGACCCUCUUUCAGAGCAUGAGAAAUGAAAAGAUAUUAUUAUGCUGUUUAAUAAAAAUUGAUAUUGCUGUGAUUGUGUGUCACGUUACUCCCUCCUCCACGUAUAUUGGAGGAGUGAGUAACGGAGCUGGGAGUGAGGAGGUAGAAAGGAAAAGAUAGAUAUAACAGGGGUAGGUUCUUUAUUUAACGGCUAUUGUCUAAAUAUGACACGCUACAGAUGGUUUAAAUUACAAAAAGAAUAAAAUAAAGUUUAUAGUCGCGCUAAUAGCACGUGCAAGGCAGGAGCACGCACACGGAUAGGCGCGCUGAUAGCACGCGCAAGGUGAGGCGCGCUGG